AUGACCCAGGGGACAGAGGCGCAGGAGCGGGGGUUUAGCCAGCCGCCGGGCCGGGGGCACCGCGCCGCGCUGCCGCCUCCCUCACCCCGCUCCUACCGGGGCGGGGGGCGCGGGGGCUGCGGCGGCGACCCCUCUCCCGCAGCCUCGCACACCCCGUCCCUGUUUAUUACCCACCUCGUGGCGCAGAUCUUCUUCCUCGGGCUUCGACGGGAGGGUCGGAGUUCUCCGGGGGUAAACGCUCCGGCCGCUUCCCAGGAGGCAGUCUCCCGGGGGGGCGGGGGGCUGAGGGAGCGGGGGGACACCGACACUGUUCCUACGUGCCCUUUGCUUACACGGGUGUUUGUACGUAUCUACCCGCACGCACCAAUUCUGCGUAGCUGCCGGUGCGUGUGCACCUGUGCCCGUGACUUUUGGGGAGCGCGGGGAAGGCUCCCCGGCUGCUCUCUCCGCUUGAGCCCUCGCUAUUGCGCUUCCCCCCGGCGCGGGGUGCCGGGCAGAGGCUGCCCGCUGCGGCCGCGGAGGGCAGCGGGGCGGCCCCGGCAGGUCGGGGGCGGCGAGGAGCGAGCCCCGGGGGCGCGGCGGGCGGCCGGGAGCGGGGCCGGCCCGCUUGCCCAGCCCCGCCACCGGCCGGCUGCCAAGGCCAGACCGCUGGGAGCAGGGGGAGGCAGGGGAGGGAUCCCGCCUCUAUCCCAGCUAUUUCCAGAGCUUGGGAGCCCGAUAAGGUGGAACUACAGCGUCCUCGGGCCUAAGAGUUCACCAACACACGCCCACGGACGCGCACCCGCUCCCGCGCGCAAACGCCACCUCGGCCGCCCUCAGCAGCUCCCGCGACAAGCCGCGCCAGCACCCACGGCUCCUCCCGCAGAACGUGGCUUUUAUCGCUCGGCUCCCGGCUCAGAUCCCGAGCUGCCGAGCCGCUUUGAAGCUUCCUGGUCUGAAAACACCUUGCUUCCAAAAUAAAAAAAGAGCAGCGCCGAAAACAAAAACUCCCAGCCGUCCCUCCC